UUCUUUUUAGACACUUAAGGUAGUUUGCUGGUAUGUAACCGAUUGGUAAAUCAUAAUACAAGUUAAUUGCCGACCAUGAGUUUUGCUUUAAAAUUGGGUUUCUCAUUGGGAUGUAUAAGCCGCACGAAUCUGGCACGUAAAUGUAUUCAAAGAGAAAGUCAUGUUGUGUCUUACCGUAAUGCCCCUCCGCUCCAUUCGAUGGCAACCAAAAUCGGUGCUGUGACUGUUGGUGGAGCUAUGUGGUGGUGGGUAAUUUGGCACCUAUGGCAUGAGCCCGACCAUAUAACGGGGGAAUUCGAUUAUCCUAACCCAAAGCAAUGGAGCAAUUCUGAGUUGGGUAUUCCUAAAGAAGAUUCGUAAAAAUUGGAUAUAUGCAAUUCAAGGCUUCCCCAUAAAUAUUGAAUACAAUAUAUUAUUUACAUAUAUGUUGAAAUCUUAUCGGCAUUAUUUAGUUGGCCGUGAUCGAAAUUCGAUUUUAUGGGUUAUAGAACUCAGCCCAACAAUAAACAUAUUAUCAAAUUACUAAA